UCCACGUAAACAAGUGAGUCACAACGUCAAGAUUCUCGAUGUCCUUCUAUAAAUUGCCUCUGUUCCAUAAAGAGAAUCACCACUCAAAUCUCUUCACCUUGGCACCAUCUAUAAAUAUCCUCAAACAUUAGCCUCUUUAAGAAAUCAAUUCCAACCUUUUAAAGAUUAAUCUUGAAAAGUUUCUAAUAAAAGGAAGAGAAGUGAUCAGGUGUGGUGACGAGUAGGAUAUGAAAUUCUUGUUGGAACUCGUCGUGCCUUGUUUUGGUUCACAACAGUUCCAAGAAUCCGCCGCAAGUACUGCGGAUGAUUCGGUUUCUGACGAAACACAAACGCUGAUGAAACAACGGAGGCGACGGAAACGCGUUAGAGUGGCUGGUCAACCUGGACAAGUGGCAGAGUGGAGACCGUCUCUUAGCGUUAUCUCCGAGAACAAGCCGGCGAUAACGAAGAUAUCAGAAAAGAACGAAGAAAAGAAGAAAGUCCGUCGGAAAAGUGAAGGCAACGGCGGCGGAGACGCAUCAUCACGGUCCGGUGGUGGUCAUAUUCGUUUCCGUAGUGACGAUUUCGGGAGAAAUGCUUUCGAACCGGUGAUUCCGGCAUUCUCGCCGACUCCGUUCAUGUUUUGAGUUUAAGUUUCUGGUGAAGUUUAUGUGUAUAAUAUAUUGAUAAAUAUGUUAUUGUUAAUGGAAAGAUGUAGCAUUAAUGUAUAUACUUCUUUGAUUUUACUACCACUGAAAACUUAUGCUUAUGCAAAACUCUCAAACGAACAUAGUUUGGGCUAUGCAACACGUAGAGUACCAUUUAUACCAAUAUGGCAAUAUGACUAAGUUAUGUCACAGUACUGAAUCAACG